AUGACUGUGAAGAAUAAUGCCAAAAAUAAAAAGGCAAAAAGUAAUGUGAACAAUUCUGGGGUUCACAACAGAAGCAGCGUAACAGAAUCGAGGGAGGAGAGAUGGCGCAUAAGAAGCACAAUCUCAGAGCUUAGCGCUAUUCUAGCCAGCAGUUACAUCGAUCCUGUAGGGAAUGCGAAAAAGGGUAAAGAUAGCAGGGAAGUGAUUGAUACGAAAAGGAUUGAUAAGAAAGUGCUUGAUCAGAAAGGGAUUGUUAAGCAAGGGAUUGUUAAGCAAGGGAUUGUUAAGCAAGGGAUUGUUAAGCAAGGGAUUGUUAAGCAAGGGAUUGUUAAGCAAGGGAUUGUUAAGCAAGGGGUUGAUCAGAAAGGGAUUGACAAGAAAUCGAUUGAUAAGAAAGGGAUUGAUAAAGCAGUGAUUGAUAAAGCAGUGAUUGACAAAGAAGUGAUUGAUAAGGAAGACAUCGAUAAGAAAGUGCAGGCGAUUACUACCUCCCUGAGCAAAGAGACUUUAAAGCAAAGCAACGAAAAUGAUAGGGCAUCGGAGGAAGUAUCCACAGAGCCAAGCACCCAGGAUUGUACCACCGUACAUGAUAACGACACUGUUAGUGGUACACAGAUUGGGGAUGAUAAUGGAGACGUGCAGUCCAUCGCGGAAUUGAGCACAUGUCAAACAACGAACGAGAAGGAUGAUGCAGGUGGGGAUAGGAAGGACGAGAAUGGAGAACAACAUAGUCUUAUUCCUCCACAAGGUGAAGAUAGUAGCAUCCCCAAGGGGGAAAAAACAAAUCCUAUCAAAGAUCAAAAUGAAGAAAAAGAACACGACAAUCCAGUCGCACAAGAAGAAGUGGCAUUUGUUCGCCUUACCAGGUCGAGGAGUAGAACCAUAAGGAACAACAAGAACGACAUAUUUUCUCAAGAAAAAAGUACAAGAAGCGUGACAGGAUGUAGCAACACGAAGGGAUCUAAUAGGAAAAAGGAAAAAAUGGAAGUAGAGAAAAACCUAGUGGAUAAUACGUCCCAACCGAAUUGUAAAGAACAAAGAAGUAGCACUCUCGCCAAUGAGGAAGACAAAGUAGCGAAUAACGUAAAAGUGAGCAAUUCCACAAAUGCAGACGCUUUGGGGGAAAAUACCCAUCAGCUUCUCAACAUAAAACCUGUUCCUAGUUUGACAAAGAAUGAAGAAGUUGCUCAAAAACCGGAUCACUGCUACUCCAACGUUUUAGGCAAUGAUGUUUUAGCGGAUGCGGCAGAAAAUGAUGCACACAAUUUGUGCAUUCCUCUCGUUAGCAAUUCCACCACGGAUGAUAAUGCCAACCAAUGCAGUGCCCCCACUUCUGCGGUGAAGAGCAUUGACACCAGCAGCUGCGAUUUAUCCGUGGUGAAUCAAAAUAUGUGCAAUGGACCAGAUGAAAAGGGGAUUGUAAAAGCCAAGCGAGAACAGAGCACAGUGGAAAUUGCUCAAGAAUUUAAAGCAGUUGACCUGGACAGCUCUGUACAUAGUUUUAAGAAGAGAAGGUCACCCCGAUUUAAGAGCAAAGGUAAAGCAGGAUGGGGAGGAAGCACAGGAAGAGAUAAUUUGAAUAACAAGAAAGUGGAGAACAUUGAACAAAAACCAGAUAGCAUUAACAAUAAUGACCUCCUGGAGAGUGAUGAGAAGAAUAUUCUUCCUAACGUAACCGACCAAGGUGGAAUUACCGCCACUCCUGUUAGUGAAGAUGCUGACCAGAGCGUUGUAGACCCCUUCGUUGAUACGAAAAAAACAGGAAAGAAUAAAGCACAAAACAGUAGUGUUAAAGAGGGUAGCCUCGAUGAAAACCUGAAUGAAAAUGCGAAGGAAAAUAAAAGUUCAGUGAAACCUCUCUUUCAUGAUAGUAGAAGACGAAGGAGAAAUGACGGUUUGUCCCACAUGAGCAAGGCAUCAGGUGAUGCAGAUACAGUCAAUUUGCAUAUUCCACCAAGGGAGUCAUCCGUGUUGGAAGAGAAGCAUCAUCUACCCCAUUUGGAAGACUCCAAAGAGGAAAUAAACAGCAGCGCUGUUGAUAGAAGCCACAGCCCUCCAAGGAGAAAAGUGAAGGACGAGAAGAAUAAAGAAUUCUUGGACAGUGAAAAUAGCACUGUCGAUGUGGCUACCUCGGCUGAUACGAAUUCGGGUAAUGUGGUCAGUCCUUCGAGCGGUAGUCAUGACCUGAGUCAGGCUGAUCACCUAGAUUAUGCAUGUGGGCGAAAUCUAAGAAAAAGGAAAUGCACACAAGAGGGAGAACAUGGUACAGAUAGGAAGAAAUCAAGAGGAGGUACAUCCACGCCAGUUAACAACUCCACCAAUGCAGAUUGUCACAAAAGUGACACUUCUAAUGUGUUACUAGAAAGUGAAGGGGCCAACGCUGACUCCGACCAAAAUAGUAGUAAUCACUGCGAUAGUGACAGCAAGAGACUCUUCCCAAAUGAGACGUUUCAAAUUAAAGAAGAAUUUAUGAAUAACGUAAAUAGUCUGAACACAGUAUUCAAUUUCAACGAGGAGUUUUUAAAAUUUCUAAAAAAAAUUAGCAAAGUGGACGACAUUGAUUAUGACGUUAUGUUGUCCUUCCUCGGGGAGGUACAAGGCAAGCUAGCCAAAGAUAUGAAGCAGCAGUUCCCACCCCACUCCUUACAUUCCCACAACGUAGAUGAAGCUGUCUACGCCAUGGAAUACAUAGUAGAAAUACUAAACAAUAAUAAUGAAAUUUUAAACAAACUGAACCAGAUAGAGUAUAAGUUUUAUUACGACUACUUGCGGAAGAGAUCCGUUAAGAAAGGAAAUAAGAGAAAGAAUUAUGACUACAAAAUAGAGAAUGAAAUUGCCCUAAAUAUUGCGCGCAUUCCCAGAGAUAUUAACAAUGAAUGCUGUGUUAAAAUUCAAAGUAACCAUUUGAAUGAUGACAACACCGUGAACAAUGAGUCUACUAAAAGCUUUAACGGAAUUGAUGAUGAGGAAGAAAGGAGACUGAACGAGCUUCUCUACUGCGCCAACAAGGAAAUGGAUGAUAUUUAUAUGAUUCGCACUUGUGCCGAUAUGUACUUUAUGAAUUACAACGAGGAAGACAAUUUUCGUCACAUUAAUCAGCGCAGCUUGAAUUUAAAAAAUGAUAAUCGCAGUAUUAUGCUGCCGAAUUCCAGUGUCGUAGGGGAAAGACCGCACCAUGAAAGAGGUGGAACGGUACGUAAAAGGAGCCGUCUCAGUCAUCCAACCGGUGCGGUCGCACAACAAGUGACGCAGUGGACUGGGGAGAAGAGGCAACAUGGGGAGGAAACAGAAAAACAUGGAAGUCUAGUGAACGGCCAACCACAUAACACAAACACAUUUGCAAAAAAGGCAACGGGAAAAGACAGAAGCACCGAGAGAAGAAUGAUCAUAAGGAGCUGCAGUGGGGAAGUGCAAGAAGGAGAAGAGGGACCUCCCGUAGUUGCGCCAAAGUGUACGGAUAAAACGGACCAUAAUGCAGAGAAAGAAAAAAUAAGCAAAAGAAUAAGCAAAAAAAUGAGCAAAAAAAUGAUGAAAAAGAUGAGCAAAAAAAUAAAUCUCAUGCAAAACGAAAAGAAUAUUAACAAAAACGACUUUCUGUUUAAGUAUGGGCACAAGUUCAUCAAACAGAACAACGUCGAUUUUGUGUGCGAUGAAUUCAACAAACUUAUAAGGCAUACUCUGAAGAAUGAAGACUUAUUCUACUCGAAUUAUUCCCAGGGGAAAUAUAAAAAUGUAAAUGAAGAAAGCUUGUUUAAACAUUACAUAUCGACGAAAUUGUAUAACAGCACCAAUUUGCUUGACAGGUAUAGGGGAGAGCAGAAGGAGGGGAGCAUUCUGAGCGAGAAGGCAUUCAUAGGCAGACAGUUGGAGGCGAAUGAAGGUGUCAGCGGAAAGGUCGACGAGCGGGAAGAAACGCUCAUACAGCGUUAUGCUGAUUAUUUUAGACAACUGAACGAUGUGUCCAGCAGGGGGCGCAAUGGGGAAUGCGGCAAGAGUGGAAAAGGCGGCCAAGGUGGAAAAGAUGGCAAAAGUGGAAAAAAUGGCAAAAGUGGAAAAGGCGGCAAAGGUGCAAAAAAUGGCAUACCUAGAAAGGAUGGAAAAAGUGGAAGAAGAAGUGAUCAUGCACAACUGGGUCAUUCCACUAAUGACCAGUUAGAAGCGCACUACGACGCUACCGGCGCACUGUUAUCGGAUGCAGAUGAUAACACGGAAAAAAUGUGUGGCGACCACGAGAAAAGGUCACCCUAUUGGGAUGUAAAAAAGGACCAUAUAGUGGGCUGUCCAAAGUGGGAAAAUAAUUAUAAUCAGAAUGGUGGAGGUAAACAUCACUGGACGGAAACACACCUGAGCAACAACAGCAAUAACAUGAGCAUAGUGAGUAGCACCAUCGGAGAAAUUUCCUAUGGCGUUUCGGCUCUUUCGAGUGAGGAUACUACUCGUGUGAGGGAGAAGCACUCGGAUGAGGCUGAUGAUAAUACGAGUUACGUGAGCACUAAUUUACAAGGCAGCGUUAAAACGGAGGCAAUGGACCGAUUAGAGAAGCAUGAGAGGAGGAAUGACGACUCGGAAAAAAAACAACAGAACAACGGUUUUAGUAGUGAGGAACGGAUGCAUGAUGGCCCGAAGGGCACAUAUCCGCAGAGUGCAAGUAUGAAGAAUGAGGGAGCACAAAAGAAGGACGCACCUGAAAAAAAAUCAUUCUGGUUUGCGAAGAUUGUUCCAUUUUUUAAGAAAAUCGUAAAGGGGAGUGGAUCGAUUGUCAAUAAUAAUCCCGACGAUGUUGACAACGCAGGCAACGCAGACAAGGUUGAGAACACAGCCAAAUCUAACAACGCUGACAAUGUUUGUGAUCUUGCCAAGCAAACAGGUGACCGUGAUGUGAAGAAGGAAACCGACGCGGAGUUUGAGACCCACCCCAGCGGUGUUGGCGCCACGGAGAAAGGGCUAGCAGAUGGUAAAUCCAAAAUUGACCGAGAAAAUGCCAAGGCCUCCAUCGAAAGACACGAUGAGGAAACCAAAGUUUGUGCCCACUUAGAAGGCAACAACAACUCUUUAGACAUUUCCAAUCGGAGCGAAAAAGACGAACCGGAAAAGAGCGCGACGGAUGUGUCGCUAUGUCACUAUGGUAGCGGCAUUACAGAAGAUAGGACCUCACCAAGAACAGGUGCCCACGCUUUAAGGCAUAGGAAUGAAACGCUCCAAAAGAACAUCGACACUCUGCUGAAGGACACAUUCUAUUCAAAGGAUAACGAAUUUAUGAGCAUAAACAGGGACAGAACGCAGAAGGAAAUUUUAAACUGCCUGAGAAUCGUGUCCCAAAUUAAGAAAAUAUUUUUUGACGAGUGCUCAAAAAUGAUUAAUGACCAGAUUUAUGACCUCGAGAAAAAUUUUAGGAUACCGAACUUCUCCUUGUCGAUACUGGAAAAUUCGUUUGACUACAAUGAUGGCAAGUGA